UUGCAGUGUCGACUCCGUGUUUUUCAGUGAUCUGGAUGUGCUGUCAUUUCCUCCAUCCCCCAUGGGGGCACCAAAACCUUUAACUGCACAGGAAUGACUGGUCGGAUGUUGACCGUGAAGAUCAGCACCUCAUACGGCAUUCUGACAAUGUGUGAGCUAGAAAUAUAUGGAGAACCGGCUGCUCCCUCGCCAUCCUUCAGCGCAGUGGUGAUGGGACGGAGAGGAGCCGAUGUGCAGAAGAAGCUGUGCUGGUCGGAAGCCUUGUUGUACUGCAGGGAGCACUACUGGGACCUCCUCAGCGUUCGCAGUGAGCAGGAGCAGAGAGGUUUGGAGGCAGUGUUAAAAACACAACCUUCCUGGCAAACGAUUGCUUCCUCCGUUGCUUCCGGACAUGUGUGGCUGGGACUGCGCAGGUGUCUGAUGGGGAGCUCGUGGCUUUGGAUGUCUGGUGCUUCUCUGAGCUACAUUUACUGGAAAGAACAACAAAUCUGGCAGGUCACAAGUCCCUGCGGUGGCAUGGACGCUGACGACUCGUUCUACUGGAGAAAUUUUCUGUGUGGAGAACACUUCUAUUUCGUCUGCUUGAAAGAAUUUGAGGAAAACGGGAAGCGUGUGGAAUUCUACAGUUUCACCAGACAGACCCGGUUGCACCUGCAGUUUUUUUUUUUUUGUGAAGCCGUUGACGUCAGCUGGAAACGGCACAGGUCUCCGCCGCGCGGCGGCAGCGGUGCCCCAACAGGCGCAGCGUCCGUCCAGCGCGCAUCGCAGGCGGCUGCCGCAUUCCGCCAGGUUCCCGCGACGCGCCUCGACUCCCUCUCUCCAUUCCCACGCAUGCACCCUCCGCUUCGGCCGUGA